AUUCUCGCUGGGAAUUUCCAGUGACUGACGUCGACCUCAAUAUCCCUGCUCUUGGACAUUGAUCGGUCCGGCACAAUCUUCACAUGCGACUUGCAUUGAUCAGGACAAGUGAGGUGACACAGGGAUGCCAGGCGCAAACGAAGAGCUCACUUCUUAGUCACUCAUCUCACGUGGUUCACAACCUCCAAUUCGUUCCUAACAUCCACCUCGACUUCUGUGCAGACGACACUGAGACCUAGGAACUUACACCAUUCACCCACGCCAGUGAGGUACGGAACAGUGGCAACGGUGACGCUGCGCUAGCGCGAUCACUCCGCGACGAGUUGACAUCGACUUUGAUUUCCAGACGCAACAACGCUACCUCAGAGCGCUUUCGUCCUACCAACACCAUGUCGACAGCAGGACAAAGUGUCACUUCCACCGAGGGGCCUAGCAACUUGUCUGCCCAGCGCUCAGCAUCUGAUGCAACAAGUUACUCAACACCGCAAUCGGAAGGAUUCCGUGGACUCGAAGAGGUUCGCAAAAUGUCGCGAGCCAAUUUUUGUAACACUUCGUUCCGCAACGGUUUCCAAGACAUCGCCUUCUCCUCAUAUGUCAAACGAGCUCUCGAUCACCCGGAAGCACGAACGAGUCAUGUCAAGGAUGUUAAUCUCCGAGAGUUUCUAGUGAAGAAAACAAUUCAGGAAAGUCGGACCUUAAAGAGUGAUCCCGAGUACGAUGCCCUCCAUUUCGACAUUCCGCCAACGCCGCACAUUGCGCCUGCAGGAUAUGAUGAGAUCCACCUCAGAAAUGUUUUCAACCAUGACAUCGCCUUUGCAGCACUGAAGCACACCAGAGCGGAGAAGUUGAUCGAAGAUCACGGACUGGUGAUCGAGUACUCUGUUGCUGAUGCCCACUUUCUGACCAUCUUCGGUCAUCUUCGCACUCCAUCACAUGAUCCAGCAUUACUGGAGGGCAUUUCGUCAAACACCAGCUAUGAAGUCUACCACGACCUGCGAAACGGCGUCGAUAUUGAGACUCAAUUCUUGCACUUGGGCAUCGAAGGCCAUCUUGACCUGGGCGCCGAGAUUCCUGAAUACGACUUGCCACACGUGGAGGCUUUGCAUGAUGUCUACAAACGACCUUAUCUGGUGCGCCGCAUAGAGGACUUGAAUUUCAUCAAGGCAUGGGAGAGUCUGACGAAGUCGGAUUGCAUGAUGUGGUAUGCCAGAGAUCUGAAAGCAGACAAGUCUGUUUGGGUUACGGUCUCCUUCCACGAUGCGAUUCGAAAGGGGGAUGAUGGUGACAGAUUGGGCUUCACGAUGGAUUUGAACACUGUUACUCUUCCGUAUCAUUGCGAUCUGGACGGUGUACGGAGAGAGGAGGCGAUUGAAGCACACAGAGAGUUUGAGCGAAUGAAGGCGGAGCGGGAGGCAAAGGAGCAGAAGGCGCUCGAGCGAGCGGCGAAGCUGGACGCAAAGUUGAAGGUGGAGCUCGACCGAGUAGAAAAGCGGAAGGCACGGGUUGCGGAGAAGAAGAAGGCCAAAGAAGAACGAGAGGCAGAGGCUGCGACGAAGCAGCAGACCAAGCACGAGCAGAGUUCUAUUCCACCGGCUACGAAGAAGAGAAAAGUCGAAGACGAGCGAGAAGUACCGGCGGCGAAGGAUCAAAAGAGCGAGCACGAGCAGAGUUUGGACUCACUAGCUGCGAAGAAGAGAAAAGCCGAAGACCAGCAAGAUGCACAGGCUGCAAAGAAGCGAAAGACCGAGCAUGAGCAUGAGCACGAGCAGAGUCCAGACACACCAAGUGCGAAGAAGAGAAAAGCUGAAGACGAGCAAGAACCACAAACUGCGAAGAAGCAAAAGACCGAGCAUGAGUCGAGCUCAGGCACACACGCUGGGACAAAGAGAAAAGCUCAGGACCACGAGAUUGCACAAGCUCUGAAAAAGCAGAGGACAGAGAACAGACACAGCCCGAGUGCACAAGUCGUGCCUGGACGGCCGCAGUCUCAGCAGUCUGCGCUGAAACAACCCAGCAUGGAGUAGAAUCAGACCGUAUGAUGGAGACCGAUAGCCCCCUUCCCAUCCAAGAGCAUUCCACAGAGUGGCGGCCCUUGUUUAGCA